AUGGGUGUUAAAGGGCUCAAUCAAUUAAUUAAGGAACACUCACCCAGUGCAUAUAAAGAAUUCCAAUUGAAGAAUCUCUUCGGAAGAAAAGUAGCCAUAGAUGCCUCGAUGUGUCUUUAUCAAUUCUUGAUUGCCGUUAGACAAUCAGAUGGACAACAAUUAACCAAUGAAGAUGGGGAGACCACCUCACAUUUGUCUGGUAUGUUUUACCGUACUAUCAAAAUGGUUGAAAAUAAUAUUAAACCAGUGUAUGUUUUCGAUGGGAAACCACCAGUGUUAAAAGGGGGAGAGUUGGAAAAGAGAUUAUUGCGUAGAGAAGAGGCACAAAAGCAAAAAACGGCCCUUGGAGAUGAAGGAACAGUCGAAGAGGUAUUGAAAUUUGAAAAGAGAUUGGUAAGAGUAACAAGGGAGCAAAAUGAAGAAGCUAAAAAAUUACUAGAAUUGAUGGGAAUUCCCUGUGUUGAUGCUCCUUGUGAAGCGGAAGCGCAAUGUGCCGAAUUGGCUCGUGGAGGAAAAGUUUAUGCUGCUGCCUCAGAAGAUAUGGAUACAUUGUGUUAUGAACCACCUUUUUUGUUAAGACAUUUGACUUUUUCCGAAGCUCGAAAGAUGCCUAUAGACCAAAUUGAAUACAAAGAUGCCAUUGCAGGAUUGGACAUGACAAAGGAGCAGUUUAUCGAUUUGUGUAUAUUACUUGGUUGUGAUUAUUGUGAAUCAAUAAAAGGUAUUGGACAAGCAACUGCCUUUAAGUUGAUCAAAGAACAUGGUUCCUUAGAUAAUAUUGUUGAAUGGAUCAAAAACAAUAAAACGAAAUACACACUUCCCGAAAACUGGCCAUAUGACGAAGCAAGACAGUUGUUUAUGAAUCCAGAGGUGACAAAUGCCAAUGAGAUAAGUUUGAAAUGGAAAGAACCAGAUGUAGAUGGAUUAAUUGAGUUCAUGGUCAGGCAGAAAGGGUUCAGUGAAGACAGAAUUAGAAGUGGUGCCGAAAAGCUAAAGAAAGGUUUGAAAGGCGGUGUCCAAGGCAGACUAGAUGGAUUCUUCAAAGUUGUAAAGAAUGACGACAAAAAGAGAAAGGCCGAUCCUAAAGAAACAAAGAGUAGUAAAAAGAAAAGAAGAUAG